AUGCCAUCAUACUUGAUCACGGGCGCAGGACGCGGUCUAGGCUAUGCCUUCCUAAAACAACUCGCCGCCGACCCCAACAACACCGUGAUCGGUAUGGUCCGAAACAAAGACGCUGGCACACAGAAGCUUAAGAGCGAUGCAGUUGAGAAUGUCCACCUCGUUGAAGGUGACAUCACCAGCGUUCGAGGACUCUCGUUGGCGAUGAAAGAAGUUGCCAGCAUCACACAUGGUAGUCUAGAUGUCCUCAUCAACAACGCCGCAUAUGUCAGCGACAAGACUCGAGCCAAGACGCUGCUGGACGGUUCAGACGAGGAGCUGCAAGAAGACUUGAUGCACUCCUCUCACGUCAACGUCGUAGGGGUGGCUCAUACAAUUCGUGCAUUUUUGCCGCUACUUCGGAAAGGCAAUGUCAAGAAUGUGAUCACGAUCUCAACCGGUGUUGCAGAUCUUGAUAUGAUCAGGGAGGCAGGGAUUGCAGUUGCUGGACCGUACGGCAUCUCCAAAGCGGCAACGAACGCCCUCGUUGCCAAGUUCCACGCUGCGCUCGGGAAGCAGGAGGGAAUCUUGUUCCUGGUCAUUAGUCCGGGCUUCGUCGACACUUCCGAGGAGAACUCCACCCCUGAGAAAGUCAAGGGAUGA